CAACAUCAUGCAUAUUUGCGAACGCCGGUUCGAAAAUGCUAAUCAGAAAGGAAAACAUUUUUAUCAGCUGGAUUUUGUGAAUUAUAUGCAGAUUAUAUUGUUACAAUUUGCAAGUUUCAGUUAUACAGAUAAAGUAAAUACCUAAACACAUAAAUUUUAAAAAGUUGUUAAAAAAGGAAUAUAUGUGUUUGUGCAAAGCACACUAUUGAAUUUUUCCUCAAAGGGGAGUGAAGUGAAGGAUUGUUUGUUUACAAAGCUAAAAACAACCACUUCCAAAAUGAGAAAAAUACGUCGACGUUUCACAUAUAAGAUUGCUGCACUCUUAGCUGUUCUUACAGUGGUUUUAUUUUUGCUAUUUAUUGGGCCUCAAGAAAUGGAUCGUAAUGAGAAGAUUUUAAUAAUAGAGCGUUCAAUACGAUCGACUAUGAAUCGUGGUGAGUGCCGUCUCCCACAGCUGCCAUUAGAUGAUCCAGAAGUAAUGAAAUAUUAUCAUCCAGUUGACCCGAUCCAAUGUGGAAAUCCCCAAGAUGACUGGGUAACAUGUGAGAAAUCUAUAUGUUUUGUCAAGCCGGAAAUAAGUGCCACUCAAGGUGAAGUGAUUUGUACUUAUACGGAUGUAAUGCGCAGCACAGAUUAUAAUAGCAAAUAUGGUAAAUCAACCAAAACCAAGGAACCGUACAUAUUGCGAGCUAGUGAUUUUGUAAAGGUAGUGUGCCACAGUUCUUCGUCCGGUAAUAGUUGGUAUGGCAUGGCCUUUGGCAUAAGAGAUGGUGUUGCUGUGAAACCGAAAACACCUCCACAAGUUCCGAUUUAUGCUGGUCUCGCGGGUGGUGUUGCCGAUAUAGUAGCAGAAGAUAAUAAUCCUUUCGUGCCAAAACAUUUCAACGUACUUAUGUUUGGCUUUGAUUCACUCAGCCGUAAUGCAUUUCAACGCAAAUUACCUAAAUCGUAUUCAUAUUUAGUGAAUGAUUUAAAAGCCAUGGUAUUGAAAGGCUAUAAUAUUGUAGGUGAUGGUACUCCCCAAGCACUCGUGCCAUUACUUACAGGCUAUACUGAACUGGAAUUACCAGAGACUCGUACGCGAAUGCCGAAUGCAAAGAAUGUCGAUGUUUAUCCAAUGAUAUGGAAAGAGUAUGCACGCCACGGUUACUAUACCUCUUUUAACGAAGAUGUACCAAAUAUUGGUACAUUCACAUAUCGCAUGAAAGGUUUCGCCGAACAGCCAGUCGAUCACUAUUUGCGCACACUAUAUUUAGAAGCACCGAAUAUGUGGAAUUGCUGCGUCCAACACUGUAUAGGUCACCAACCAGAUCAUGUUGUAAUGUUAGAAUACACCAAAAAUUUCAUGCUUAAAUACAAGGAUUCACCACGCUUUGGCUUCAGUUUUCAUGGAGGAUUAUCACAUGACUCUAUCAAUUUAGUUGGUGCUGCUGACGAUGAGUUGAAUUCAUGGCUGCGUCAUUUAAAAGAUACGCAUCUGCUAGAUAACACCAUACUUAUUAUGAUGUCAGAUCAUGGCAAUAGAUUUGCCGAAGUUCGCGCCACCCUGCAGGGCAAACAGGAGGAACGACUUCCUUUCUUCAGUUUCACAUUUCCAAAAUCUUUUCAAGAAAGAUUCCCUCAACAGUAUGAAAAUUUCAAAGUGAACGUUGAUCAUUUGACUACUCCAUUUGACGUGCAUGCUACACUUCAGCAUCUUCUUUCGCUGCAAAGCGGUUCCGAUGACACACUGACAAAUAAUUUAAAUUCAGAUUACGAUAUGCAACCGGAAGUUGUAACUGAGAAUUUAGUAGCUCCACGUUAUCAACAGCUUGCACAAAAACGUGCUAUUUCACUAUUCGACUCAAUACCAAAAAACCGAUCAUGCAGCGAUGCCUACAUCGAACCACACUGGUGCGCCUGCCUUAACUGGCAACGUCUCUCCCUCAAUGAAAGCGAACCGCACAUACCCGUACUGCUUAAAGCAGCCGAUAGCAUAGUGAGAACAAUUAAUGAUUUAACUAAAUCAUAUCGCAAUCUUUGCGCCCCUCUUGAAUUAGAACGCAUCAACUGGGCAUUACGACUUCAUCCGCAUAAAGAGCUUCUUAACUACAAGCAAAACAGUGACAAGGACGGUUAUGUGGCAGACUUAAGUGACAAAAUGCGAAUACACGAGGAAUUAUAUCAGCUGCAGAUUGUUGUUGGGCCGGGUCAAUCUCUUUUUGAGGCUAGCGUUACAUAUGAUUUGAAAACUUUCGAUAUGCAAACAAAGGCUUCAGAAAUAUCUCGUGUAAACAAAUAUGGCGAACAAGCCAAUUGCAUAUACGAACGCAAUCCGGAAUUACGAAAGUAUUGCUACUGUCGUGCAUAGAGAUCUCUUUGAAAUGUACAUCAACUUAAUUAUUAUUUUUUAUUAGAUACUAGCAGAUCUAUUGCAUACCUGCGUUGCUCGAAUAUAUAUAGACUACUAUGAGUAUUUAUAUUUUAUUAUUGUUAUAUCACAUAUAACUCAUUAAACUGCUCAUUAAUUUACUUCGCGAGACCAUCAUAGAAACGCAAAAACAAAACUCAGUGUAUUAAAAGUAGUUUUAAAAAUACUUUAUCGUAAAUACCUUAAAUAAUAACUAGUCCAA